AUGAGUUUAAGACUGAUUAAAUCUUCAGAUAGAUUAUAUGAUAUGAAUUUAGAUGAGAAUAAUAAUAAUAGUAUUGAUAUACGGCCACCUAGAAGGAGUUUAUUAUCAGAAAAAUUACAUGAACAGCAACAAAAACAACAAUUACAACAACAAUAUUAUAAUUUAAAUGAAAUUAUACCAGGAGAUCAUCCAGAGCCAGAGUUAUUAGCAUCUUCAGUCGGUAAAGAAAUAAAUGGUAGAAUAAUACCUAGUACAUCAACCAUAUCUUUAUUAUCAUUAACUCCAGAAGCAAAUAAUAAAUCACCGAAUUUAUCAUCACAACCAUUUAUUAUACGAAAGAAUAGUAUAAGUCAUUCAAAUAUUCAAAGAUUACAACCAUAUUAUAGAUUAACAUCACCUCCACCACAAUCAAUAUCACAAUCAAACCUUGAACCAGAAUCACCAAAUGUAGAUCCAACAUCGUUAAAUAAUUCACCGUCUAGAGUUUGGCUUAAUCAAACUCCUAAUACUAGCAAAAAUCAUCAUCAAUUUAUAAGAAAAAGUAAUAAUAAUAAUAAUAAUCUAAAUGGAUCUGAUUCACCAAUACUACAUCCAGUUCAAACACCACAAGAAGAUCCACCAAUGACACCAUUAUAUUUGAGUAACCAAAGAGAUUAUUUUACAAGAUAUGAUAUAAGAGAAGAAGAUGAAGAGAAGUACGAAGAAGAAGAAGAAGAAGAAGAAGAAGAAGUUGUUGAUGAGAUGAUGAUGAAAUAG